UAUGCGAUGGCAACUCUAAAAUUUGCACCGUGUACACGGUACACGGUAAAUCGCCAAUUUUGUUUGCAAGAAUAGAAUAUUCGAUCUUCCUGUGUCAGGACAAAAAGUGGUUUCUGACAGUUGUUUCCAGUACAUUAUAGACAAAUCGCUACAUAGCAGAAGCAUGGAGGACGGUUGGGCUAAAAAGGCUGAGGACCAAGUGUCCAAGUUGGUUAGUAAUCUGGAAAUCGAAAGUAAAGAAGAAACAAAGGAAUCUACAGAUACGCCUGAUGUUGCAAGCCCUGCAGAAACAAGCCUUCUUUUGAAGAUCAUUCGCAAAGGUUUAGUAGAAUCAAAAUCUGACUUAGAAGUUCAACGAAAGGAUCCCUCAUCACCACUAUACUCAGUGAAAACUUUUGAGAAAUUACACUUAAAACCGGAAAUACUAAAGGGAAUUUAUGCAAUGGGUUUUAAUGCGCCAUCCAAAAUUCAAGAAAAUGCUCUACCAAUUUUGUUAGCUGAUCCUCCUCAAAAUAUGAUAGCACAAAGUCAAUCGGGUACAGGAAAAACUGCUGCAUUUGUUCUUGCUAUGCUAAGUAGAGUGGAUACAAAACUAGAUUACCCUCAGGUUCUCUGUUUAUCUCCCACAUAUGAAUUAGCCAUUCAAACUGGGGAAGCCGCUGCAAGGAUGGCACAAUUUUGUCCAGAUAUUAAAUUGAAAUUUGCAGUUCGAGGAGAAGAAGUUGCUCCGGGAACUAAACUAACUGACCAUAUAAUCAUUGGCACACCGGGAAAAGUACUUGAUUGGGGCCUCAAAUAUAGAUUUAUUGAUUUAAAGAAAAUUCGUGUGUUUGUUUUGGACGAAGCUGAUGUUAUGAUAGCCACCCAAGGUCACCAUGAUCAAUGUAUUCGAAUUCAUAAGCAACUUUCCCCAAAGUGUCAAAUGUUGUUUUUUUCGGCAACUUAUGACAAAGAAGUAAUGGAAUUUGCCGAACAUAUUGUACCAGAAGCAAAUAUUAUAAGAUUACAAAGGGAGCAAGAAUCUCUAGACAACAUCAAACAAUAUUAUGUUCGUUGCAAUUCGGAAGAAGAAAAGUAUCAAGCCAUUCAAAAUAUUUAUGGCAGCAUUACAAUUGGACAAGCUAUUAUCUUUUGUCAUACUCGAAAAACUGCUAGUUGGCUUGCUGGCAAACUGUCGACUGAUGGACAUUCCGUGGCCGUUCUCUCUGGUGAGCUCACAGUGGAGCAACGUUUAGCUGUUCUCGACCGAUUUAGAAUUGGCUUGGAAAAAGUAUUAAUAACUACAAAUGUUUUGUCUCGAGGUAUCGAUGUUGAGCAAGUGACUAUUGUGGUAAAUUUCGAUUUACCCAUGGAUGCCAAGGGUAGGGCUGAUUGUGAAACCUACCUUCAUCGUAUUGGUAGAACAGGACGCUUCGGUAAAAAUGGCAUAGCCAUAAAUCUUGUGGAUAGCGAAAAAUCAAUGGAGAUUUGUCGAGCAAUUGAAAAUCAUUUCAAGAAGACAAUUAAAGAAUUGAAUGCUGACAAUACGGAAGAGAUUGAAAAAAUUGGAUCCUAAAUACCAUUCAUGUGAAAUAAACUCUUUACAGGCUAUUUGUAAAA